UUUUCCAGGAUGGAGCGGAUGACGGAGGACGCGCUGCGGCUGAACCUGCUGAAGCGGGGGCUGGAGGCGGGCGCGGACGAGCGGGAGGACGUGCUGGCCAAGCGGCUGAAGGUGGAGGGCCACGAGGCCAUGGAGCGCCUCAAGAUGCUGGCCCUGCUCAAGAGGAAGGACCUGGCGGGGCUGGAGGCGCCGCUCGAGCCCCCCAAGCCCGACGGCCUCAAGGCCUUCGAGGAGAAGCUCAACGGGAGCCUCCGGGCACGGCCCGGCAAGGAGAACAUCAGCGACGAGCCCGUCGACAUGAGCGCCAGGAGGAGUGACCCGGAGCGGGGCCGCCUGACGCCGUCCCCGGACAUCAUCGUGCUGUCGGACAACGAGGCCUCGAGCCCGCGCGGCGGCUCCCGCGGGGACGAGCGGCUCAAGGCGGCCAACCUCGACAUGUUCAAGGGGAAGAGCCUGGAGGAGCGGCAGCAGCUGAUCAAGCAGCUGCGGGACGAGCUGCGCCUGGAGGAGGCGCGGCUGGUGCUGCUCAAGAAGCUGCGGCAGAGCCAACUGCAGAAGGAGAACGUGGUGCAGAAGACGCCGGUGGUGCAGAACGCCGCGGCCAUCGUGCAGCCGGCGCCGGCGCACGGGGGGCAGCAGGGCCUGGCCAAGAUCCCCGCCCGGCCCGGAGCGCAGGGCGUGGAGACACAGAACCUGCGCAGCCUGCAG